UUUCGUAAUAUUUAUUUUAAUUAGAAAGUAAUUAUCAAAUAGCUUAGGAAAACAAAAUUAUUUUAAUAUGUAAAACUAUAGUAAUAGGAUGCAACUAAGUGUUUAUAAUAACGCACUUUAACAAUGAGAAAUAAAUAGAAAAUAAUAUAAUGGAGUAAUGCAUAUUUUUAUGAUAUAUACUCAUUUGAAAAGUUAUAAAAGUAAUUCUAGUAUAUAAUAUUCAGUUAAUGUUUUGCUUAUAAUUUGAGAUAUCUAAUUAAGAAUAAUACGAUUCUAUGAUCAGAAAAUAUAUUAUAAAUUACAAUUAGUGUAUACACAUACCUUCUAUAAGAUGAUUAUGUUAUAAUGUUACAUGUCAUUUAAAAAUUAUGAAUACUCUUAUUUUUAUGAUAUGAAUAUAAUCUAUUAGAUAGAAUGAUGGAUAUAGCGUUGAUAUCUGUCAAACGUACAGGAACUGUAAAGAUAAAUAUGUUAGUAGGAUAUUUGGAAUAAUGAAUAUUAAAAUUGAAUUUUAUAUAAGAUAAACAAGAUUGACGUAAGUGUUAUCUUUUGAACAAAACUAUUUAACCCUUUGAGUUCCAAAUUAUUUUUUACUAGAUUAAAUUUAAGUAAGCUGUACGAUUCGCUUAUUCUAGAUACAGAAAUACAGUUUAUAAAUGCUGAGGGAUGGGUGUGAGUGUGACUGCUGAAAAAUAUAACUGUCCUCAUCACACACCCUCAAGAUGACUACAAAUUCCUGCAUUUUGUAUAGAAACAUAUAGUAUAAGAAAACAUAAGAAUUAGAUUAUCAGCUCAAAUAAAAAUUCGAUUUAGAAUCUUUUAGAUAAGAUAGAAGUCUAUGAAAAAUUUUUAUUACGAAAAUUUUAUUUCCCAAUCUUAGAAUACUGUUACACGAGAUCGAUAAUUGAACACAUUUAUUAUAUUUUAAUAAAAAUUAUUAAGAGGAUUUAUUCCAAAAUAUCAAUUAUGAAAUACCUAUUAAACACAACAUAUUGUUAUUUGCUCUCUCUAAUAUAUGAACUAUUUUUUAAAUAAAUAUUAUAUUCUAUCUUUUUUCACUAUUAGAUAACCCAACAACUAUACUAUCAGCUUCAACAUCAAUCGCAAAUUUAGUUUCAACGCCAGUAGUAGUCACACCGUCAACAACGGUUUCAACAUCAGCAAUAGUCACAACAUCACAAAAGAGUAGUUUAACUAAUACAACAACAAAAUUAUCAUCAACAAGCGCUACAAGCUCUCUAUCAACAAAUCAUUCAUUUGCAACUCGUAAUUUGGAUUCAAAAUUAUUAAUAUUAUUAUUAUUUUGCUUCAUUAUGAUUUUUAUAAACAAUUAA